AUGUUAGAAGCAGUUAAUGUGAAUGUUAGGUUGAAUCUUGAAUCCCACGUGAUGUUGUUUUUCAUGACUUUGAGAUAUAUGUUUGGAUUCUUUCUACUCUGCAUUGUAAUUUGUUGCUUGCAUAUUUUUCAAAUUCUUAAUUGUUUACAGACAGUGAAGACGGGAGACACUAUUUUUAUUGGUCAAUACUUGUUCAUGGGAAGUGAAACUACUUCUAUAUGGCUAGAGGUAUCUGAAGUCAAAGGCAAUGAUGUUGUAUGUAUUAUAAAGAACUCGGAUAGUGGUCGUGGUCAGAUGGAAUUCUAUAGGUAUUUGAUGAUCCAACAAAAUUAA